AACGCUGAUGUGCAUUGGAGCAUUGUGGCAAAGUUUGUUAGAAUGGGUUUCUUGCAAGGUGUUUUAGUGUUGGUUGUGAUUGUGGCUUUUGAUCUGAAGAGUGCCUGGGGAAGUUUGAAACACCGUCAAAGUUCAAGCAGCAUGAAGCCACAAUCAGCUCCAGCUUCCAGAGGUCAUGCUCUUUCUUCUCAAGGGUUCUUGAAUCCUUUCCAAAAGGAUUAUCAGUUUCCGGUUCUUGACUCCAGAAGAUUUGCGCAAGAGCCUCUUGGUCUUCAGGAGAAGCAGCUGAUGCAGGGUCCAGUCAAGCCUUUGGACUGGAAGUUUCCAGUUGUCCCAGAAGUGCAACGUGAGUUGGCGGCGAACUUCCAGUUGAGGCAACCUAUGAUUCCCAGUAGUGUGGCUGUUCAAUGCAGUGAGAACCGGGUUCAUGUGGAGGUGAAGAAGGAUAUGUUCAGCAAUGGUCAGCUGAUCCAGCCAAGUGGUUUGUCUAUGGGAGGCUGUCCUGUUGUUGGUGAGGACUCUGCCUCUGGGGUGCUCAUCUUUGAAUAUGCACUGCAGGACUGCAAUAGUGUGUUGAUGAUGACCGAGGAUGAGCUCGUCUACACCUAUGCGGUUACCUACACUCCUGUGGCAUUUGCUGGCACGCCGAUUACCCGUACUGAGGGUGCAGUUGUUGGCGUUCAAUGCCACUAUCAAAGGCUCCAUAAUGUGAGCAGUAAUGCUCUGAGGCCAACUUGGGUUCCUUACGCUUCAACGGAGGUUGGCGAGGAUGUCUUGGUGUUCUCCAUGAGCCUCAUGAUUGAUGACUGGUCCUUUCAGAGGCCUUCAAAUAUAUACUACUUGGGUGACACUAUCAAUAUUGAGGCAUCUGUGAAGGUGUACAACCAUGUCCCACUGCGUGUGUUUGUGGACAGCUGUGUGGCCACCCAAGUACCUGAUGUGACUUCUGUUCCGAGAUAUUCCUUCAUUGAGAAUCAUGGGUGCCUUGUGGAUGCCAAGGCUACGGCUUCCAGCUCCCACUUCUUGCCUCGAACCCAGGAAGACAAGAUCCGGUUCCAGCUGGAGGCUUUCAUGUUCCAGGGAGGAUCCAGUCCUUCUGUACGUACUAUAAUGACUGAAAUUGGGGUUCCUCCCAUCUGCUUUGGUUGUGAACCCUUACGAUGCCCCUUGCAGAUUUACAUGACGUGUACUGUGAAGGCCACUCUUGCUUCUGCACCCAGUGACGCUCUCCACAAAUCUUGUUCCUUUUCCAACGGGUGGCUUGCUGCUGAUGGGAACCACCAGGUUUGUGCUUGCUGUGACUCAACAUGUGGUCCUGCUGGGGGAAGUGAUGUUCCUAUUUGGGGUGUUCAGUGGGAAGGCAAGGCCUCACUCGGUCCUGUAAUGGUCCAAGGGCGACAGAAGACUUUAGCUGGACUUUAAUAAAUGGGAAAACCCUAUUGCUGGCUUCCAAUAAAUGGGAUAAACUUUA